GAAACACAUGGACAUAUGAGACCGAUAUUACCAAUACGAGUCCGAUUGAGAUUUUCAAUGAAGUCAAAGAAGAUAAGAGGAAUCAAAAAACCAAAAGGGCUACAAUCCAUUCUUAACUAUAACACCACCAUUUCAUGGCCGUAAGGCCUUCACUGCAAUUCAUCGCCUCCACCAAACUCCCCUUCACCCCAUCUCAAACCCUACUCUUCCGCCGUAUCGCCACCGCAACACCACCACACCACCACCACAAACACAAACACAACCACAAACAUCCUCAUCAAAACCAAACCAACUCUCACACACCUCCACCUCCAAUCCACAGCCUCCGGCCCACUCUCUCUCUCAACGAAACCCUGGCGCAGAAGAUCGGAAAAGCUAUUCGCCGCCCCGGCGCCCCGUCGAAAGCUAGGGUUUAUGCCGACGUUAACGUUGUUCGGCCGAAAGAAUACUCGGAUUACGAGUCGUUGACCGUACAAUGGGGGGAGCAGGAUGAGUAUGAGGUGGUGAGGAAGGUUGGGAGAGGGAAGUAUAGUGAGGUUUUUGAGGGGUUUCAUUGUACGGAUGAUGAGAAGUGUGUUAUUAAGAUACUCAAGCCUGUGAAGAAGAAGAAGGGAAGGAUAAUAAUUAUGGCAACUGUACAUGGAAUGUUAUCUACUGAUCUUUCUUCACUAGCUUUGCUACUCGCAAAAUUGAAUGUUGGUCGUGCUUGUGAGAUGUUUUUUGGUUCUACAGAUCAAGAGGGAGAUCAAAAUCCUUCAGAACCUUUGUGGCGGGCCGAAUAUUGUGAAAUUACUAGAUAUAGUUAGAGAUCAGCAAUCGAAGACACCGAGUCUAAUAUUUGAAUAUGUGAACAACACCGAUUUCAAAGUGCUAUAUCCAACACUUUCUGAUUUUGAUAUCCGCUAUUAUAUAUAUGAGCUUUUAAAGGCUUUGGAUUAUUGUCACUCUCAAGGAAUCAUGCAUCGAGACGUGAAGCCCCAUAACGUGAUGAUUGAUCAUGAAAAGCGCAAGCUUCGUCUUAUAGAUUGGGGACUCGCAGAGUUCUAUCAUCCCGGACAAGAAUACAAUGUUCGUGUAGCAUCUAGAUAUUUCAAAGGACCGGAACUCCUUGUGGACUUGCAAGAUUAUGAUUACUCGUUAGACUUAUGGAGCCUUGGUUGUAUGUUUGCUGGAAUGAUAUUUCGUAAGGAACCAUUUUUUUACGGACAUGACAAUUAUGAUCAGCUAGUCAAAAUUGCCAAGGUGUUAGGGACCGAUGAGCUAAAUACUUAUCUACAAAGGUAUCACUUAGAGCUAGAUCCGCAUCUAGUUGCUCUUGUUGGAAGGCAUAGCAGGAAACCUUGGACUAAGUUCAUUAAUUCCGAUAAUCAACAUUUAGCUGUUCCCGAGGCGAUUGACUUUCUUGACAAGCUGCUUCGGUAUGAUCAUCAAGAAAGGCCCACUGCUAAAGAAGCAAUGGCACAUCCGUAUUUUUACCCGAUCAGAAAUGCAGAAAGCAGCAGAACCUCAGCGUAGUGGGGAAACAUGAAAAGCACUUGAUUGUUAAUUAUACUUGAUUCAUUUUUCAAGUUUUAUUUUAUUUUUUUUCAUGAGAAACAUGCUACGUGAUUGUGGAACUGAAUCUUUUUUUUUUUUUUCAUUUUCUGUUGAAUAGAUGAGUUUGUUGACUUAUAGUCAGUGUGGUAAGUUUUUGGCUGCAAGAGUCAUUUAUUUUUAA